UAAGCAGCCAUCCAGCACGCGCGCACGUGCACGCGCGGGCCCCCAGGGUGAGCGGGCGCGGUGGAUGCGACCGCGCUCCCAUUUCUAGCGGACGGACGGAGAGAGCCGUCAGGAUGAGCUGAGGAAGUCACAAGAUCAGGACUUGUUGUCGGUCACCAGCUCCAGAAACGGGCCCAACUACUUCUCCUCGCCGAUUCGGUUGUUUUUGACUCGGGACAUUUGAAAACUGUGCAGCAGCAACAAAGUUGUGAGGUGUUUUGACAGCUGCUGGACGGACACAGCGACCAGGAGGAGGACUGACCAGCCCUGCAGCCUGUCAUCCUGACUGUCUCUGCCUCCAUCUGCGUGUCUGAGUGUCCAUGAUGACUUGGAGAGGGCUGGACUGGUGGAUCCCCUACUGACAGCUGCUCUGCUCUGACUCGCUCCUUUCCUGGUGGCUUUGUGUACCCUUGUGCUGUGGGGCCCCCGUCACCAUCUAAGCACUCACCAUGGCUAGUCUGGUGCUCAACGAGACUGGAAUGGAGGACUGCGGCAUUGACGACUCCUUUAAGUAUAACUUGUACUCGGUGGUCUACAGCGUGGUCUUUGUCUUAGGCCUGAUCACCAACUGUGCGGCCCUCUUCGUAUUCUGUUUCAGGAUGAAGAUGCGCAAUGAGACCACAAUGUUUAUGACUAAUUUAGCACUAUCUGAUUUAGUAUUUGUUUUUACGCUGCCAUUUAAGGUUUUUUACAAUGUUAACCGCCACUGGCCAUUUGGAGAUGGACUGUGCAAGGUAUCGGGAACAGCCUUCAUCACCAACAUCUACGGCAGCAUGCUCUUCCUCACCUGCAUCAGCGUAGACCGCUUCCUGGCAAUUGUCUACCCUUUCCGCUCACGCUCCAUCCGCACGCGCAGGAACGCGGCACUAGUGUGUGCCGCCGUGUGGCUGACCAUUGUAGGAGGAGGGAUAUCAGUAACCUUUUUCUCUACCAUUAACAGCACAAACAGAGCUACCACAUGCUUUGAGGGUUUCUCCAAGAGCACCUGGAGGACCUACCUGUCCAAAAUCACCAUCUUCAUCGAGAUUGUGGGCUUCCUCAUCCCCCUGCUGGUCAACUUGGUGUGUUCCUCGCUGGUUUUGCGGACCUUGCGUCGCCCAGCGACCGUUGGUCAAGGCUGUGACAGCAAGAGACGUGUUUUACGGAUGAUUCUCGUCCAUCUGGGCAUCUUCAUCACCUGCUUCGUCCCCUAUAACUCGAUCCUCUUCCUGUAUGCCCUGGUGCGGACCCAGGCACUAGCUAACUGUACUGUGGAGCGCUUUGCCCGGACUCUUUACCCAAUCACGCUGUGCCUGGCCACCCUGAACUGCUGCCUGGACCCUGUAGUCUACUACUUCACCUCUGAGAGCUUCCAGAAAAGCUUGACCUUUGGCGUAACACACACCAAAGGGACAGGCUCCCGACCUGAGAGCAUCCCUCGCAGUGACACUGACACCCAGGACAUUACAAACACUGUCCCCAAAGACACACACACUGUGGCCAGCAAUGGAAAUGAGACAAAAAUGUCAGAAAGCCACUUCUGACUCAGUGGGAGGAUGGAAGGUCAAGAAGGACAGGGUGGAUUUGAAAGACAAAAGAGAGCAAUCAGCUGUUUGUCCUGGAAGUCCUGGAGCUGGCUAACACAUAACUCAGCAGAUUAGUUAAGUCCUGAGGUAUGGCCUGGACUUUACGGAUUAAUCCACCACUGGAGACCACAGGAAUGUAUUUGUGUUUGUUUAUUACUGUAUGAGCAAACAAUAGAGGGACCAGAGACAUAGCUACAUGAGGACAAUUUGUGACAGUCCUGUAAAAGGGACUCCAACACAUCGUCACUCAGGCGUAACACACACCAACACUCACAAAUGCACUGGAUUUCAUCCACAUAGUUUAAAUAUGCUGUCAAGUACUUUUAUAACACACCGAGCCCUUUAGUUUUAUCAGCAUAAAGUUCACAUUUUCACAGUGCAUUAUAUCACUUUAGAUAUUAAUGUUAUGACACUCUUUAUUGUGUUGAGACCCAGUGUUGUUAUAACACAGCAGCGCACAGACCUGCCAAGUUAAAUGUGUCUCAUGUUGAAGUUUGAGACCAUUAAAUGUCUGUUUUGAAUUGUAUUCAUGGAUGCAUUUAUUAUUUCUGUCCCUGGCUUCAUGCCCAUUGGUUUGGUCAAACUGACUUUUGUCAGCGUGACUGUAGAUCUGAACUCUUGCACUCCGGCUUUUGGUUCUUGCCAAGCAGUCAGAGUGAGCUUGUUCUUGGAGCAGAGGGAGGCUGUGAUCCAGUCGAGGACCUUGGCCUGUGUGCUGUGUCACAGGCCAAAUGUUCAUUAUAACUGGACCAAUUGUCCAUUGUUUGCUUUUGAAAGAGGUCUCUGUUUUAAUCUGGCCUUAGACAGCAGAUCUGCUCAAAGUCUCAAAUAUGUGCACACUCCAAAGUACGGUUAAACUAAACACCCCAAAUCAUAGUCUUACACUUCACAAAGGGCAAAACAAUAAAAAGUUAGCAGAUGCAGGAGUUUGAGUGUCGCUGGCUUUGCCCGUAUGGAUUUGUGGCCCAUUUGGUAAAUAUUUGUAUCCAAAAUGUCCUGAGCCUUCACCACUGCAUGGACUUCUAGCACCCAGUGAAACUUAAGGACCAGGCACACCAGCAACAUUAAUCUUGUGAUUUCAGGGCGAAUCAUCAAACUUCAAGAACUGCCUAUUUAACAAGGAUACAUGAACAAGCUACGCUCCACUACUACACGUUCUACAUGUGAUAGUGUUUCCACCGUGACUUCAGAAAGUUUUCUGAACCCUUCCCUAUAUUGUCCGUCCGUCCGUCUGUACGUCCAUAUGAUUCUUGUGAGGUCACUGUCACUGCAUAUUCAUCCCAUUUAUGAGCUGGUUAUUUCAGGAACAGCUUAAGAGAAUUUCUUCAAAUUUACCACAAAUGUCCAA